CCGAAUUGAACCGGAGUUUUUAUCCGGUUUCGGGCAUUUAUUGCGAACUAUUUGUCCCAUCUUAUUUACGGAGUAUUUUUUUUUUGGGAAAAAAAAGCAGAGGAGAAAAACAAAAAUGUUGCAGUUUCCUGCUUUCAUGCGACAGUAUCCAUGGUCUUCCGAGAUCAUUCCGACGUCGUUUCUUCUUCCUGCCCAGUGGCCCAAGCUUCACGGCGACGAGCUCCUCUUAGCCAUGGAGGAGUCUGAUUACGAGGAAAAGAUCAGUGAGAUUGGAAAGUUUAACAGCAACUUAACUGUGAUUGGGAAGGGCUAUUCAGUUGAUAACGACAAAGAAGAUGUUGACAAUGAAGCGGAUGAUGAUGAUGAUGAUGUCAACAAUGGUGAAGAAGAGUCUGAGGCCGAUGACUUUGAUCAGGAAACUGGCUGACUUUUAUCUUUUAGCCCAUUAAACAUCAUCACUUCUAUUUGCCACCACUCUUAAUCUGCUCCUCUUCAACAGUAUAUGCACUUUGAGUUGAAUAAUGUACAUUGGUUCCUUCAGAAAUUGGCAUUCUCCUAGCCUCAUGUAGCUGCUAUCUUUGCGCCUGGUAAUGGUACUAUUGUUUAUUAGAGCGAAUUCAGAGGUCAUCGAUUUCUUUGCGUACCGUUCUUGCCUAGAUAAUUAUUUGUCCAAACACUAACUAUGGUUAGUCAUAAGGUGAUGCAAUUAGUGG